UUAUUUUCUUUUCCUCCAAAAAAAGAAGUAAAAGCAAUGCCAAGACUCCCCAAAACCCUAGUUUAUGCUUUUGCUGCUACGUUUCAGUUGUCUUGGGAGUCGGCAAGAAUUGAGUAAACACCACAAUGGCUUGGGAACCCAUUCGCUGGCUUAUCUUCUUCGCCAUGAAUAUUUCCCUUCUAUGCAUCAAUCUAUAUCAAAUGGUAUGUUUAUCGGAUUUAGAGGCGGACUACAUGAACCCGUAUGAAUCCUUGUCUCGCAUAAAUAAUGUGGUUCUUAAAGAGUUCUUAUUGCAGGGCGCAUUUUGCUUUUUGUUGCUUGUCACUGGCCAUUGGUUAUUAUUCCUGCUUUCACUUCUCCCAACUUACUUCAAUGCGAAAAAGUUCAUGGCAAGCCAACACCUCAUUGAUGUGACUGAAGUGUUUAGGGUGAUCGACUCGGAGAAGAAAAUUCGGAUUGCCAAGCUGGCCUUCUAUCUAGUUUUUUUCAUUAUAGUCCUCAUCAGGCUGGUAAUAUCUGCGACCAGAUAUCUAAUUGACGAUGUUAGUGAAGAUUUUCAUUUUGGUGUAGCUAGCAGUACCCUUUUCAGAUGAAACCCAUUUUCUCAAGGUUUUCCACUUUGGAGCUGAAGCGUGGAAAUUGAGCUCAUUUGUGAGUGUUAUGAGGUUAACCCGUUAACCCUUGGAUUUGAGAUAGUUUUAAAAUGACCCUCUCAUAUGGACGUUUCUUAUAAGUGAAAAUUAAUUGUAAACACCCCAAUCUAAGAGAAUGUGUGAACUGUCAACCCAAGACCUCAAACUUCUACAUAUAAAAUUAAUUACCUGAGCAAUUCAGCAUCAUGAAUGUAGGUUUUAGGAUGCUCACUGCACAAUUUGAAUGAUUCUGAGAUUAUGGGGUGAGCAUUUAAUUUAUUAUUCAAAACAUACAUUUGGGAGAUAACUCAGAUAAGUAGUCUAUGUUGACGGCGUUAAGAUCGCAUUUAAUAUAAUGUUCUGGACACUCAUCUGACACAUUGAAGUUUGGGGUGCUUGGUUCACAUAUCCUCAUAGUUUGGGGUAUUUGAAUAAUUUCCCUUCAACCCCGAGAAAUACUAAAACACGUCCAGUUGUUUAACUCUAGUGUCUUGAAUUCCAAUGAUGAGCCUACCUCAAGGCUCAUAAUUUUUGUUGUCGAUGAAGGAGUGUUUUGGUCUACCUCAAGGCUUUUUAAGAAACAUCCAUAGCAUAGCUGGAGAUGGGUGUUUCUGAAGACUAAUCCAAACUUAAGGGUUAACUUAGUAAGAAUCAAAUGGACUAGUUUGCAUUGAGGCUGUUUUUAGAAGAGUUAUUUAUAAAAUAGUAAGCUUAGAGGUUGCCUCAAUUUUGUUUGUUUGUUUGCUUACAUUCAAAAGCUAGUUUCUGAGCCAACUUUGCACACUCAUGUUUCCAAAUUCUCAGCUUGGAACAUAGCUCCUCUUGUUCAAUUGGUGUUUGACAGAAACGUAGCCCAGUUUCUAGCCCAUCUUGUUCUCUCUGUGUUGGUAAUGCAUGAAAGAUUAUCAUUUGAACAAAGUUUUAGUUAGUACUUUGGGAUAAAAAGUGAAUCAUUAAAACAUUAUAAUCUCUCACUUGAAUUUGCAUUAUGAAAUAUGAAGUUAUUAUACUAGUAUAUGUUAGAUAUAUAAAAUUUGGUGUUGUUGAACAAUAGAGAAGAAGGCUACUGGGUUACUGAACUACUGGUUUUAUACUUGCACAUGUGUUACCAGAACCAGAUUGGGUCGACCUGGAACCUGGCCCUGGAACCGGUCCGGUUGAUUGGAGACCCGCAAACAUGAGUAAAAAUGGAAAUAACCAACAGACCGCAGAAAUCAGGGAUGGACCUGGACCUGGACCGCCGAAAACCCGGAAAUUAGACUACUUGUCUGUUUGUGCUAGAGUCACUCUUUUUAUAAAUGUAUUAUAUACUUCCAUAACAUUUUUUUGUUGUGGGUUAGUAAUCAUUAUAUUAACCAUUUUUAUUGCCAUUGCUAUCAUCAUACGUAUUAUUAAUAAACGAAUACAUAUUUGUGAAAUAU